AUAUAUAAAUACAUAACAUAAAUAUUAAAAAAAAAUAGCAUUUUUUUUUAAUUUUGGUUGAAAUGGUUGGUGUUGUACACAGCCAGUGUCAACAAAGAUGGUGUCUCUGGCGGACAUUUUGCCACCUGUGAGUGCACCAGUAUGGGAUCGUGAGAGUGACGAGCGCCGCAGACGUCACCAGCAUGCCCAGCAGCAACAGCAACAGGCCUUGGUUACUGCAUCUCGAGCAGCACCACCUUAUGGUCACAGAAAAGGAUGGAUACCGCGUUCUCAAGAAGACUUUGGAGAUGGUGGAGCAUUUCCCGAGUGUCACAUAGCCCAGUAUCCACUUGGAAUGGGCAAAGGUGGAGGAGACACUGGUGGUGGAGGGUCAGUAUCUAAUGCUCUGGCAGUUCAGUUAGAUGACAAAGGCAAAGUCAAAUACGAUGUAUUAGCAAGACAAGGACAUUCUAAAGAUAAGAUUGUAUACUCCAAACUCACGGAUCUGUUACCUUCGGCCAUCACUUCAGAGGAUGACCCGGAGCUCCAGCGACCAACAAUUGAGGAGAUAGAAGACACAACAGAGAAAACUAGACAAGCACUCGAGAAACUUACACAGGGUAAAAUAUCAUCAGCCAUGCCUGUAAGAUGUGCAGAAAAGCAAGCACCUGCACAGUAUAUACGCUACACACCAUCACAACAAGGGGUGUCAUUCAAUUCAGGAGCAACUCAACGAGUGAUCCGAAUGGUUGAGCAGCCCAAAGAUCCAAUGGAACCUCCCAAAUUUAAGAUUAAUAAAAAAGUUCCUCGCGGGCCUCCCUCUCCUCCAGCUCCAGUGAUGCAUUCACCAACACGCAAGGUGACAGUGAAAGAGCAGCAAGAAUGGAGAAUACCACCAUGUGUUAGCAACUGGAAAAAUGCCAAGGGAUACACAAUUCCACUUGACAAACGGCUAGCAGCAGAUGGACGAGGUCUUCAGUCAGUUCACAUUAAUGAGAAGUUCGCUAAGUUAGCAGAAGCUCUCUACAUUGCUGACAGAAAGGCCCGAGAACAGGUUGAAAUGCGUGCACAAAUUGAAAAGAAACUGGCUCAGAAGGAGAAGUUUAGAAAGGAAGAGUCACUCAAGGUUUUGGCCAAGAAGGCAAGAGAAGAACAUGCAGGGCUUCGUCCAGUCACUUCAGGGCCCACAGAUGAAGCAGAAAAAGAGAGAGAGAAGCUCCGUCAGGAUCGUGCUCGGGAGCGUAAACGUGAAACGGGAGUUGCAAAUGCAGCUGCAGAUAAACGUGGUAAACUGGCCACUCGGGAGCGUGAUGUUACAGAACAGAUAGCCUUAGGCUUGCCUCAAAACACAUCUGGGGGCAGUGAAGCUCAAUUUGAUCAGCGCCUCUUCAAUCAGUCACGAGGCAUGGAUACAGGCUUUGGUGAUGAUGAAGCAUAUAAUGUUUAUGAUGCUCCAUGGCGUGACACAGGAAAUAUUGGUUCCAAUAUCUACCGACCUACUAGAGCAGCUGAAAAUGAUUAUGGUUCAGGAAUAGAGCACCUCAUGUCCACCAAUCGCUUUGUCCCAGACCGUGGAUUCUCUGGUGCAGAUUCUGGUGCAAGCAGAUCUGGUCCAGUUGAAUUCCAGCCAUCAGGAGCUGGAGAUGAGAAGGAUGAAGAUGACUUGUUCGGUGUCAUUGGUUUGCUCUCAGAAGCCAAAAAAGCUAGUAAAAGAAGUUCAAAUACUGAGGAUCGUGGACGAGAUGACCGUGAUAAGAGGAGGAAGAGAGAUUGAGGUUAAAUAUCAUAUUUGGUGUAUAGGAAUUCCAUCAUGGUUGUGGCAGUUUUGAUGAUGGUUCAGCUUUUACAUGAACUAUUGCAAGUGCUAUAUAUUUUUUUAAUAAAAUGACAAAUUAUAUUAGUUCUUAAUGUUUUUAGAAGACUUAGGUUACCAUCCAGCAAAACUGUGCCCUGAUUGACAGUAAAAAAUAUACAUUGCAUUAUGAGCUCAUGUAACCCAUGUGGUUUUGUGCUUUUUUUUUUUUAUAGUAAUAAUGAGCUCAUAUAAAAUAUUGACCAGUAAAUUAUUUUGGAGUGUCAGCAUAACAUGGUGUAAAGUACUUGUAUAAUAUUGUGUUGGAAAGUUACUUUUAUGGAGGGGAAAAAAUGUAUAUAAAAACAUUUAAGAAUUACUUUAGUGAAUCACCAAUAAAUAAUGGCAUAAUAAAUGACAUUUAGUCUUUUAGUACAGAUAAUCAGUUUUCUGUACUAAUUAACAGUGGUCUUGCUUAAAAAAGUAUUCAGAUGUACACUUAUCAGGCAAGUACUUAUAUAUUUUGUUUGUUUAUUGGAGUGGCCUAUUAAGUUGAGCUUUAAAAUUUAAAGAUUAUCAUAUUUGAAAAGCUAAAGAUGUUUGGCAGUUGUCAUAUGCUAUAUAAAAACCUAGCCUACUAGGAGGAGUUUUUGAUACCUUUUAAUUUACUGUAUAGACAUUUAUGAACUUAGAGAAAAUCUUGGAUGUGCAUAUCAGUACUUAGACCGAGAGAUGCAUCUGCAUGCUUGUGGAAGAGAACCAUAUAUUCUUCAUACCUCUGAGAAUAAAUGGAUUGUAUGGCUGGCAAAUGCAAAUUUUUAUAUUGACACCUUGUGAAUGAAAUACUGUUUUACUGACUGGCUAGUAAAGUUUAUAUGAACUUUUUUUUUAUCAGAAUUAAUACAAAAUAAUUGUAUUCAUACUGAGAAGUUUUUGUAAAUGUUAAACUGAUGUACAAAUGUUAGCCUAUACAAAUUUUGCUUUUAUUGUCCUUUACUGACUGAAUCUUAGAACAAAUUCUCUUAGCCUGUGACAGUGACCACAGUGUACCACAAUGAAAAAUAAACAGGUACAAUACUGUGAUUGGAAUAAUACACAACCCACACACAUGAAGAAUAAAUAGGCACAAUCCUG